AUUAGAGUUCUGAUGUGAGACGUCAGCCUUUUUUUACAAUUGUCAUGAUGUCUAAUUGACAAAUAUAAACUGACAUUUGCAUGCCAAAUAAAUACCAAGAAUUAUUUUAGUAAAAUAUUAAAAUGACUGCAAGUUUAAGUUUGUCAAGGUUGACAAAUGUUUUACGCAGCAGAUUAUCAUUGGUGCAUGAAAUACCAGGGAUUUACAAACCGAAUAUAACCAGGAAGAAGGAAGAGAUAAUGGAACUUAUACGAGAAAAGGCGGAAAUCGCAAGCAAAUCGGAGCUUGCAAGAAGAAUGCGAGUUCUCAAAGGAUUUUACACGGUGGAAAUGGCGCCACCAAGCCUUCAAGAAAUGGAGAAGCUGCGUGCGGAUAUAGCGCUGGCUAAGGAAUUCAUCAAAACAAAUUGUUUUAAAUUUAUAACAGUGAGGCAAGCUUGGUUACUGUUCCUCGUUUGCCUCGAAAUAGUAUUGUGGUUCUUUUUAGGAGAAACUAUUGGGAAAUUCCAUAUCGUCGGAUACGCUGUAUAAAAGUACCUAUUUAGGUAUAGGUAUAUAGACAGGUAUAGGUUUUUGUAGCUGUAGAACGAGUAUAUAACACUUUGGAAAAUUCAGAAACCAGGAUUAAAAAUAAAGCUUUAAUUUGGGGUACAUUGCCCUACGACUUUUAAAUUACCCACUAGUAAAUAAAAUAUUUGCUUUAAUAUUAA